AUGACAUCUCCCAAGUUGCCACUCAGCCUCACAGUGUUCCGAGGGUUCCCAGACAAAUGCUGUUUCGUGUGGUCGCCAUUUGUCACUAAGCUAGAAGCUCGCCUUCGAUUCGGUAGUAUAUCUUAUCGUACAGAAUCUGGAUCCGUCACCAAGGCCCCUCGUGGAAAAGUCCCCUAUGUCUCAAUUGAUCACGGGGAUGGGAACUGUGAGACUGUUGCGGAUUCAACCCUGAUUACUCAGGCUUUGAUUGAAUCUGAAGAUCUCGAGGACCUCAACGACAACCUUACUGCUGCGCUCAAAUUGCAAGACCUGUCCAUCAGAGCUUUGCUAGAGGAUAAACUCUAUUUCUAUCAGUGUCAUGAGCGAUGGGUGGUGAACUACUAUUCCAUGAGAUCCAAGAUUCUUGGCGCCUUACCUUGGCCCCUGCAAUUCAUUAUAGGAAACAUUGUCUACAAGAAGACCAUGCGGUCUCUGGAAGGCCAAGGUGCCUUAAAGUACAGCACAGAGGAGAUUACUAGCUUCCGUUACGAAAUUUGGGACACACUCAACAGCUAUUUGAGCGCAGUUAGCCGUCCAGAUGACCAAGAAGCUCCCUUCUGGAUCCUCGGCGGUGACGCUCCGACCGAGGCAGACGCCACUCUAUUUGGGUUCAUUGCAUCUAGCCUCAUAUGUGACGCUGCACCAGAAACAAAGGUCAAGGUGAAGAGCUGCCCAGCUCUUGUUGAUUACGCUCAACGGGUCUAUAGGAAAUACUUCCCAGACUACGAAUUAUGGGAGUGA